AUGGAGGAAGCCUGCAUCCCAAUGAGGUUAGAGAGUGGGUUGGUGAUUGCAAAGGGGAUCCACCCGAAGGAGGCGUAUAGAGCAACAAGGGCUGAUGUGGCAGCUACCAUGAGUAUGUGCAAUAGUAAGGGCUGGGCUGUUGGAGAGAUAGGCCUGGAUUACUCUACCAAAGAACAUCACCCCCAGCAAAAGUUCACCCUUGCGGAAUUUUUCCGCAGAGUUGACCCAUCCUCCAAUAUGGUGUUGCAUCUGAGAGGUGCAGAUGAGGACAGCUGCAGUCGAGUUCCCACCCAGGACUGCAUAACCCUUUUAGAUGGGUUGGGCGUGUCUAUCCAGGCACCUAUCUAUCUGCACUGCUUCUUAGGGGGCCCAGCACAGAUCAAACUCUGGAUAGAUACCGGGAGGCAGGAAGGCGUUAGAGCUAUCCCACAGGAUCGGAUACUGGUGGAGACAGAUAGUCCGUACCUGCCAUGUGGGGUUGGCCGUCCAAUGACGCCAAAACAUAUUGGAAAGGUAUACCAAUUGGUGGCAACCCUACGCGGAGAAUCUGCGGAACACCUUGCAGAGGCAGUGACGAGGAACUUCUGUACCCUCUUUGCAAAGUAGUUGGGCCAGAAACGCUGAUCGUCGGUCUUCCUACGAGCCGUGUAUCCUCCCAGGAGAUGUGUUCAUUCUUUAAGUUGUUUCCAGCGAAGAAAUCGCUAUGGA